UCAAACGUUGCCAAACAUUUGAACCCCAAGAAACCCAACAAUUCACCUCAGCUUUCUCUGCUUAAAUACAUUGAUUGUUCGAUUUUUGAAAAGCAGGGAAAGGGAGAGCUGAAAAUGGCUGCCAAAGUCAUCAGUUCAAAGCCUAUAGUGAGCAAAGUGUUUUGUUCAUCUUCUCAGGUAGUUCUUGCGGUGAGGAAGAGGCCUCAUGUUGUUUAUGGAGGAGGAUUUGUGGUUUCAGAUUGUGGGCAAAAGAUUGUUUUCAGGGUGGAUGGCUGUGGGAUGCUUGGGAAACAGGAGGAGCUGAUUGUGAGAGAUGGUGAUGGUGAUGCUCUGCUACUCAUUCGGCGAAAGAGAGGUAUAGUUGAAGCACUGAACAUUAACAAGCAAUGGAAAGGGCAUGCUGUGGACUUUGAAGGACCACAGAGGUUGGUUUUCAGCUUGAAGGAGCCAAAAUCAUCAUGCCUUGUGAAGAACAAUCCAAUCAGAAUUUCAACUGAACCCAAGGGCUAUGGCACCAAAUGGGACUUUGAGAUCAAGGGUUACUUUAAGGACAAAGCUUGCUGCAUCAUUGACUCCCAUGGCAACAUCAUAGCCCAGGUUGGAGUGGAGGAAGAGGCAGAGGAGCUGAUCCCUGCAAGCAAAGAUCUCUACCAUGUGGUGGUCAAACCAGGGAUUGAUCAAGCCUUCAUUAUAGGACUCAUUGCUGUUCUUGACUACAUCUACGAUGGCUCUACAAGGUGCUAGCCUACCAAUGAAGAAGACAACUCCAUUAUCAAUUUCUUAAGGCCCCGUUUGAUUGAGCUUUUAUUUCCAUUUUCAGUUUCAACUGUGGUGUUUUAGAUGUAUUUGCGGGCUGCAAAAGCUCAGCAGGAUUGUUGCUAUUUGAAGUGAUUACUUGUAAUUUUUAGCUAUGGCUUUCUUAGAUUAAAA